AUGGCGACGUCGCUAUUCCAGGUGUCGGGCGAUCCGGACACCGAUCUCAAGGCAGCUGCGCACUGGCUCGCCGAGCAAAGACGGCGGCCCAUCCGCGCGCCUCACAAGACCGUCCGAUACGGCGAGCUGAUCAUCUCCAAGGGCGGCCUCACCUCACUCCCCGACGACGAGCUCUGGUCGCUUCUCGAACAGGUCGCCAUCGCCGCCAUCGAGACGAGCCGCUUCGACCUGGCCGAGCUGUGCAUCUCGAGGCUCACCUCGCGCUUCCCGGCGUCGCAGCGUGUGACGUGUCUGCAGGGCAUGCUGCUCGAGGGCCGGGGUCCUGCAUCGGCAGCCAUCGAGUUCUACGACACACAGCUUGCCAAGGACCCCACUUCGCUCGUGCUCUCCCGACGACGCAUUGCAGCCAUCAAGGCGCUGGGUGAGCCCACGCCCAAACGCGUGGUGGAGGCGUUGAAUCGCCAUCUCGACACAUUCUACAACGACCCGGAAGCAUGGCAGGAACUCGCAGAGAUCUACGCAGAUCACGCCAUGUAUGCCCAGUCCGCCUUUGCCCUCGAAGAGCUCCUGCUCCAGGUACCGCAAAACACCUUCUUCCACCUCAAGUACGCAGAGACGCUCUACACCAACGGCGACGUCGCACGCGCAUACAAGGCCUACCUGCGCGUGCUCGAGCUCUGCCAGAGCGACGCAGCCGCCACCGAAGCCACUGCACAAGGGCCCUGGAUCCGCGCCCUGUGGGGCACCAAAGUCACGACCGCGGCGCUUAUUGCCACGCCGGCACUCGGCAAAGCUGCACCGGACGACACCAUCGAUUCGGCCAAGGUCAAGCAGAUCGAUCAACUCGUCACCACGCUCCUGCUCAAUAAGGUCUAUACCCCUCAGGCGGUGACGAGCAAGCAUCUCCGCGACACGGUUCGCAGCGUCCUAGCCGCCUAG